ACGCGCGCUUUUUACGCACAGACAGCGCACAGCACCGUUUCGUGAACCAGGCUAGAUGCUAAAAUAACCCCAGCGUUGGCCUCACUGAUUACAGGUAUACAAAAGACAAGCGUUGCUGCUGCAGUUAACCGGUUAAAACCGAGGGUCCACACAUUCAAAGGGGAAGCGCCUUUGGCCUGCAACAGCGUAGUGUUCGGCAACAAACUUUGCUAUGGGCAAAAAGUCUCGCGACGAGGAGUCUUCAUCCUCUGAUGAGGAAGAAUAUGUUGUGGAGAAGGUGCUGGACAGGAGGGUGGUGAAAGGCAGGGUCGAGUUCUUCCUGAAGUGGAAAGGAUACUCAGAUAAGCACAACACAUGGGAGCCAGAGAAGAAUCUGGAUUGCCCUGAGCUUAUUUCAGAAUUCAUGAAGACCUACAAGAAAAGCAGUGGUGGAAGCUCCACACCUAGCAGCGGGGCCAGCAAAUCAAGCACAGGCGCCAUGGGACGUUCCAAAGACUCGAGUAGCUCGAAGAAGAGAAGCUCGGACGAUGAUGAGGAGGGUGGAAGUAAACCCAAAAAGAAAAAAGAGGAUGAUAUUCUAGUUGCUCGUGGCUUUGAGAGAGGACUUGAGCCAGAGAAGAUCAUUGGAGCAACAGACUCAUGUGGGGACCUAAUGUUUCUUAUGAAGUGGAAAGACUCUGAUGAGGCUGACCUCGUGCUUGCAAAAGAGGCCAAUCAUAAGUGCCCGCAGAUUGUCAUAGCCUUCUAUGAGGAACGUCUCACCUGGCACGAAGACAGUGACAAGAAGGAAAAGGACGCUGUCAGCGCGUGAGGGCACCUCAGGAGGAAACGGGACCUCCUCCACUGCAGGGACAACCUUGAUUCAGACAUUUUUCACACCAGACCUCCCAUCCUUCCUCUUUUACCAUGUCCAACAACGACACAAAGACAGCGGACACAGUCGUGUUAUCUCCAUCCAUGCCCCAGUGGAGCACAAGGGCCCAGACUGCUGAGAAGGAUCCAUCAGACAGGAGGAGAAGCUGUAGCGGACAUGGGUGAUAUGCUACUGGGGAGGAUUUCUGCUGUUCUGUGUUUGUAUUCUUUACCGUCUUUUUUUAUGUCUUAACACACCAUGUUUUAGUGCUUACAGGAAACGAUUAAGUUAAUAAGACAUUUUACAUCCACAUACGCAGAUAGACCAUCUGUUAAAACUCAAAACAUAGUCUUGAGAGUCAGAGUUGGUGCUAGCUGUGUUUUAACCAUGAGCUUGUCCCAAGUGGGUGCACAACCCCCAUCUUAAAGUAUUUGUAAGCAGUGCACCACUUUUCUGUAAGACCCCAAUGGUGAUAAGAACGUAGUAUUGAUAUUCAGGAAGCAUCCACAGCAGCACUUUCCUGACAGCAUGAUCACUUCCUUUUUUAGAACUUUUUAUCUCUUGUAGAUUUUUCAGUUUGUCCCAUCUACUUGGAUAUAACGACUCAAUUUGCAAUUUGCAGAGGACACCGGCCAAUCAUGUCUUUAUAAUGUAGUGAUGAUAUCAUUUUUUUUUUUUUUAGUUGUCGUGUUUUUUUUGUUUUUGUUUUUUUUUUUUUUUAAUCUCGUUUCCAAGGUUUAACAUGUGAACGUUGUGUGGUUUUCUUAAUUUCUUUAUGCUAUCACCAGUUGAAGAAAAGGACAAUAAAACUAAUUUUACAGAGUUUUGUACCCUUUUUGUUUUUUAACAGCAGUGUUAUCUUUGGACCAGUCACAUUUUCACAGGUUAGACAAUCUUCAUUGUAUCCAAAUGAAACAAAACCAGCAUUCACACCAGCCAUUGGCUUCUGCCACCUUGUGGCUAAAAGAUGAACAUCUUUUGGAUUGUGUGACCUAUCUGUAUGAUGAUAACCCUGUAGUUAAUGAUGCAUUGAUAGAUUUUAUGAUGUUUUUUUUUAAACAAUGUAAAACGGUUAAAUCCACUCAGUAAUUGGAGUAUUCUUGAUAUCCUUGUCAUGAUAAUUUGAAAGAUUAAAACCAGUUUCUCAUCAGGUCAUGCAUAUCCUGGGUUUUAUUAUCAUGAAUAAUCUGAUAGUUCUUGGUUUUAAGUACAAUUUUUCUGGGACAAUGUUGCUACCUAGCAAGCAGAGGUCAGUUCUUACACAGAAGAUGGAUGCUGAUUUUGUAGUUUGAUGUGCUGUGCUCCAACAUGGAUUAGGACCAAAUGUUUAGUGUAUACAGACUGAGAUCUGCUGUGUUUUUUUUCCCCAAUUUUUUGGCUUUAUUCUACAUUGUGAAUGACGGCUGUGACCUUUUCCCCUUUACAUACAGUACAUUAAUCACAUCCCUCUAUAUCACUUUUCUUUCAUUAAAAAAUAUUUUGUCCUUUCA